UUCAAAAAGGAGCUGCGGGCCUGGAUAGCAAAGAAAGGGAACGCCAGGAGCAGGGAAGAAAGCGGAGGCGACAGAAGCUCCAGAGAACGGCGCAGGCAGAAGCGCAGCGCGUCGGGGAAAGCGUGGCAGAGCGGCCGUCUCCGUUCGCUCCUCCGGACCAUGGGCGCCUUCGUCUUCAGCGCAAGCUGGCUGGGCUUUCUCCUGUUGCUGCUCCUGCUGUUUCUACUGCUGGUGGCCUCCCUCAGCGGGAGGACUAGGCGGCCUGAUGAACCUCCACUUGAUAGAGGUCACAUUCCUUGGCUUGGGCAUGCACUGGCAUUUGGUAAAGAUGCUGCCAAGUUCCUGUCUGAGAUGAAAGAGAAGCAUGGUGAUAUUUUCACAGUUCAAGUUGCAGGAAAAUUCAUAACUGUCUUAUUGGAUCCGCUUUCCUAUGAUGUGGUGCUUUGGGAAUCGUGUGCCAAGCUGGACUUUGGCCAAUAUGCACGUAUUUUGAUGAAACGGAUGUUUGAUGUGACACUCCCGAAUUAUGAUUCAAAUGCGGAAAAGGCCAUGCUAAGACCCACUCUAAAUGACAAAAAUCUUCACAGCCUGACUAAGGCCAUGUGCCUUAACUUACAAACCAUUUUGCUUCCUGGACCUGAUGUAGCCAGUGGGCAGUGGAAAGAGGAAGGACUGUUUCAUCUCUCCUACAGCACUUUGUUCAGAGCUGGAUUCUUGACAUUGUACGGAAAUGAAAGCAAGAAUUAUGAAGAUGUUAACUGUCAAGCUAAAGAUCGAGCUCAUUCGAUGGAAGUUUAUAAUGUAUAUUAUAAAUUAGACCGAUUUUUGAUGAAAGCUGCCCGGUCAACUUUAAGUGUAGUGGAAAAACGGACAUUUUACAACACCAGGAAGGAUCUCUGGAACUUUUUUUCUAUGGAAAGACUGAACAGCAGAGAGAACCAAAGUGUUUGGUUGAAGACCUAUAAGGAGCACUUGGUAGACCUUGGUGUGAAUGAAGACAUGCAAACUAGAGCCAUGGUGCUGCAACUCUGGAGUACUCAGAGUAAUGCUGGCCCAGCAGUUUUUUGGCUUCUCCUGUUUCUUUUAAAACAUCCUCCAGUCAUGGCAGCAGUUCAAGCUGAAAUGGAAAAACUAUUUAGAAACAGACGAUUAGCAACCAGGCCAAUUUGUGAGAUAAUCAACCAAGACAUUUUGGAUAGCACACCCAUUUUUGACAGUGCCUUCAAUGAAAGCCUGCGUUUGUCAGCCGCGCCGUUUAUCAGCCGAGAGGUCCUUCAGGACAUGGCCCUGAGGCUGGCAGCUGGCAGAGAGUACCACCUGAGGAAAGGAGAUAGGCUUUGCCUCUUCCCAUUCAUAAGCCCUCAGAGGGACCCUGAAGUCUACGAGGAGCCAGAGAAGUUCAUAUAUGACCGGUUUCUCAAUUCAGAUGGCACAGAAAAAAAAGACUUCUAUAAAGGAGGACAAAGGCUCAAAUAUUAUAAUAUGCCAUGGGGAGCAGGAAUAAAUGUCUGCAUUGGAAAGUUCUUUGCAGUUAAUAACAUCAAACUAUCUGUUUUCCACCUCUUAAACUGUUUUGAUUUGGAACUGAUAGAUCCUGCUCAGGAGAUACCAGGCUUUGACAAGGAGAGAUAUGGUUUUGGAAUGCUGCAGCCAGAAACGGAUGUCAGAAUACGAUAUAAAUUGAAAGACCAGUAAAGUGAUGAUCCAUUUCUCCAGUCAUUCUGUCUAGUGCAUAAUCUGCAAACAAACAAUGUUUGUUAGUUACCGUUGGAAUUAAUUUUGGGGUCCCUUUACUAAAAGGAUGGCAAAUGUCUAAUAUUGGACCACAUUCUGCUUUUCAAUUUUCUGAAACUGUUCUCCACCUUGUGAAAGUUGCUUAAGUUUUUCUACCUCAUUCUCAGGAUGUUUCAGAAGUCAUGAAGAAAUCUGUCUAAUAUAAGCUAUUGUGGGUGAGGCCAUUACUUUUUCAGUUUGACCUCUCUCCAUCACUCUGUAGCCUCUCAGCUUACAAUGACUUCUUAUCUGAAAAAAAAAUCCUUGUAGAAAACAAGAGGUAUGUGUGUGUGUGUAGAUCAUAGGAGGAAUACUUUACAAUGAAUUACCAGCAUACUUCAUUUCUCGUUGGGUACAAACAUAAUGGAAUUAAUGCAAAACACCACACUCCUUUUAUAUGGAUUUUAACUGAAAUUCCUUUCUGUGUUUAAAAAAAAAAAAGAAAAGGCAAAAGCACUUUUUAAAAAUCAGUUUGAAUUCAGAAAAAUAUUCUGGUCCAGCGCUCCGUUGGUCUUUUUCAUCUGGUCCUCCAGAUGUAGUGGCUGAGAAUUCUGAGAAUUAUAGUUUAAUGCAGCUGGAAAACAUCAAGUUAGAGAAGCUGAUUUCUGCUUAUCUAUGAAAGUGCAUGUUAUGUUAUUCUGCAAGUUGCUGAUACUUUUGAUCAUAUUUUUGCAGGGUAAUACCCCAGUAUU